CUAGCCGUUCUAAUGCUCCACCCAACUGCUACCGGUUGUUAUGUUUUGAUUUACGUUUUUUUUUUGUGCUUUCACUGUGGUAACCAGGUGGAAGCGCAGGCUUUUUAAAUGGGAGGCGGUAAAAGGUUUUGUUGCAGCGGGUAGAAAACGGUUAAUGUGGAUAUUGGCUGAAAUCUACAAGAAGUGUCUAGAAAGGACUUGUAAGCGAAGAACGUUGAGAUGAUGGGGCCGAAACAGGAGCAAUUUCUGAUUGUUGUCUCCAUUCUGGAAGGUCAACAUUUUCCCAAACGUCCUAGACAUUCUCUUGUUGUAGAGGUCAGGUUUGAUGGUGAGCAGUUGGCUACUGAUCCUGUAGAUCAUAAACAUCAGCCACAGUUCUCUACAGAAUUGGCCUGGGAAUUGGACAGGAAAGCUCUCCACCAACACAGGUUACAGCGUACUCCAGUCAAGCUUGAGUGUUUUGCUGUUGAUACACUGUCCUCUGCAAAGGAAUCAGUUGGAUAUAUUAUCCUGGACCUGAGAUCUGUUCAAGAAAAGAAACUGGCACCUAAAUGGUAUCCAUUAUUAAACACCAAAUAUACAAAACUUAAACCUGCUCUUCUAAUUAGCAUGGUGUUAGAAAGUGAUUCAAAAUCUAUAGAUGAUGGAUUUAAAGCCAAAGAAGCACCACCCAGAGAAGGUAGAGUAAUUCCUCCUUUAACAAGUCUUGAUCCAAAAAAUUUGAUUCCUGCACUAAAUGAAGAUGAAGGAUAUUAUCAAAUUGGUCCAUCUGAAUACUGCAAUGAAAUGUUUGUUUUGUCAGUAACUAUAGCUUUUGCAGCACAACUGGAACAGUUAAUCCCUAGCACAACAAAACUCCCAGAUGAGAGACCAGAGUUUUUCUUCUAUUAUACAUUGCUUGGAAAUGAUGUUACCAAUAAACCUUUCACUGACCUAAUUAAUUGUGAUUUUAAACCUGAGAGAGCCUCAGUGAAGAUACGAAGUAGUCCUGAAGUCCUGAGAGUGUAUUUUAGUGCUCAGCCCAAUUUACAGAUCUACCUUUGUUGUGGAGACCAGUCUCUUGGAAGCACUGACAUUUCAUUGGCAAGCUUCUUGAAGAAAAACAUCACUGAUGUUGAAAACCAACCAGUUGCAAUAGAAGGAGUCUUCACUCUUAUACCACCUAAUCAAUCUAAACAGAAAGUGCUAUCCGUUCCUCUUGAAUUACAACCAGCAGUUGGUGUAUCUGUAACACUGAAGAAAGAGAAUAUUCAUUCACAGCUGUCUACUCCAGAAAAAGCCCAGGGUAUAGGUAAAAAGGGAACUACCUUCUCUCCUCUUCCAAAGUCUCCUAAUCCAGAGCAGAUUACGACCACUGCCUUGCAAACCAGGAGCCCAUCUCCUCAUAAUGUCCCUAUCCCUACUGGCAGUGAAAUCACAACAGAAAGUGAAGCAGAAAGCAUACAGGAUGACCACAAGAUGACUAGGAGAGGUUUGCUGGAUUCAAAAAAAGAAAUCAGUAAAUACUCUGAUCAGACGAGAGCAGAUUCUCUGAACAAGGAGCGAACAUUUCAGGCAACACCUGAAGAGAAUGUUUCCCACUUCCAAUCAGAAGCUGAUGCUACUGCCUUCAACAGUUCUGUUUCAAGUUCUGAACUGAAGAUUGCAAUUCCAGCAUCUGCUCAUCAUUUUUGCUUUGCUUUGGAUUUAAGAAGUAUAAAAGAUAUGGAUGUUGGAUUUCCUGUCAAUUGUAUGUUAAGGUAUUCAUAUUCCUUUUUUGGAAGUGCGGCACCUAUCAUGACAAAUCCUCCAGUAGAAAUACAAAAAAAUAUGGAAGUAUUCCUACCUCAGUCAUACUGUGCAUUUAAUUUUGCCGCUUUGCCACAUCAACUGCAAGAUACCUUCCUAAGGUCACCUCUAUUAGUUGAGUUGUGGCACAAAGAUAAAACAUCUAAAGAUAUUCUUUUGGGAGUUUCAAAACUUCAGCUCUCCAAUGUUCUUACAGGAGAAAAAAAAAGACUUUUAACCCAUUCUGGAGACCAGUGCUGGAAGCAGUCUUACACAGAGAGAGUGCCUGUAAUUUCAGCAAAAGGACCCAGUGUGCAAAUAGCUGAGCUUCUGUACUUUAUGACCAUAAAAGACUUUGGUUUAGUUAAAACACAAAACGUCUUUGUUUCUGAGUCUUCAGAGAGUGUAUGUGCUGAGCAGUCAAAAUCAGCUCAGCCACCUCAUAUUCCAACAUCAGAACCACAUGAAACACUGGAGUACAAAGCAGCCUUAGAGCUAGAAAAAUGGAAGGAAAUGCAAGAGGAUUUGUUUGAAAAUCAGGUAAAACAGAAGGAACUUGCUUACCUACAAGCCUUAGCCGAAGAAUGGAAUAAAAGAGAGCGUGAGAGAGAAGCACUUGUAAAGAAAAAAGUAGCAGAGUACACUGCUCUCCAGGAACAGCUUCAGAAAACCUAUGCUGAUCUGGAAAAAAGAGAACAGCACCUUGCCUUUUCUGAAUUAGAGCUGAAGAAAAUGAGGAAGGAAAUGCAGUCUGACCAUGAACGUGGAAUGAGAGAGUUACAGGACACCAGCAGACGAAUUCGGGAAGAUUGUGCCCAUCAAGUUGAGUUGGAGAGGUUAAAGGCUAAACAGCUGGAAGAUGAUAAGCACCGUCUUCAACAGCAGCUUCAGGAGGCUGAACAGAAGUAUGUGACUUUGGAAAAAGACUUUUUGCAGCUUAGAGAAAAGCAAAGCAGCACACCCGAAAUUCGUCUGCAGUCUGAAAUAAAUCUGCUGACACUGGAAAAAGUGGAACUAGAAAGAAAGCUCGAUUCUGCAACCAAAUCCAAGCUGCAUUAUAAACAACAGUGGGGACGUGCACUCAAAGAGCUUGCAAGAUUAAAAAAGAGAGAACAAGAAAAUACUGUGAUCCGCAUGAAGAAGGCACAGCAAGAGGUAGAAAACCUAAAGUUACACUUUUUAGCAGCUGGAGAGAAAGAAGUUGUGAAAACAGACCGGCAAGAACUUGAAGAAAUCAGAAAUGAACUUAACAAGUUGAAGCAACAAGAAGACAAGAAACAGCUGCAGGAUACCAAAGAUGCUGCAUCAAGUAAAACCGAUGGAAUUGGUGCCCAGAUUUUCAAUGAAAGCCUUGAUGAUUAUGUAAGCAGAUUAAUAGAGGAAAGAGAGACGCUACUUAGGACGGGAGUUUACACUCAUGAAAACCACAUUAUAAGUGAGCUGAACAGACAAAUACGAGAAGCACUAGCAAGAAAAAAUGUCAACUAUUAAAUUCUUUUGGACUUCUGUUCAUCCAAUGUUAAAUGACAAUGAUAUAUUUAUUACAACCCGUACAAUUCAAGGUAAAUGUGUGAGGACUUUCUUUUUAUAACACGUAAAACUUUACAGCUGGAGGUAUUUGUGUGAAGUUUUUAUAGUAUAAUGUGUCUGCAGAUUUUCAGCAUUUUUUGCUUUAUAAUGAUGUAAUUUAUUGUUUU